AUGAUAAUACGAUCUAAAAAUUGUUUUAUUCAGCUUGAGUAUAAUAAUAAUACGAUCUGUAAAAUUUGUUUUAUUCAACUUGAGUAUAAUGAUAAUACGAUCUGUAAAAUUUGUUUUAUUCAACUUGAGUAUAAUGAUAAUACGACCUGUAAAAAUUGUUUUAUUCAACUUGCGUAUAAUGAUAAUACGAUCUGUAAAAAUUGUUUUAUUCAACUUGAGUAUAAUGAUAAUACGAUCUGUAAAAUUUGUUUUAUUCAACUUGAGUAUAAUGAUAAUACGAUCUGUAAAAAUUGUUUUAUUCAACUUGAGUAUAAUGAUAAUACGAUCUGUAAAAAUUGUUUUAUUCAACUUGAGUAUAAUGAUAAUACGAUCUGUAAAAAUUGUUUUAUUCAACUUGAGUAUAAUAAUAAUACGAUCUGUAAAAUUUGUUUUAUUCAACUUGAGUAUAAUGAUAAUACGAUCUGUAAAAAUUGUUUUAUUCAACUUGAGUAUAAUAAUACGAUCUGUAAAAUUUGUUUUAUUCAACUUGAGUAUAAUGAUAAUACGAUCUAA